UUGAAUGAUAGUGAUACUUAUACAAAGAAAAAAGAACACCCCAUACCUAGCAACCUAUAUAAUAAUCUACACAUAACAACAUUUAUACACAGUCAUUUAAACAUUAAUCAAAACAAAGGACCCUUCCGUAUCAUCUCAAGUUUCACAAAACUUCGGUCUUUAUUUAGCUGUAAUAUAUAUUGAUCAUGACCAAGUUAUCAUGUUCUUAUUUCCUUGUACUCAUGCUUGUAUUGUCAGCUUUUUUAAUGGUUGAAAGAGCUGAGGGGGAGCGAUGUCAUAUGACGAUUGACAAAGAAACUCCAUGUGAUCUUGUCGAUUGCCGUUUAAGCUGCUAUACUGGUUACAAUGGAGUUGGCAAAUGUUUUGACGAUCCUGAAGUCGAAGUGCCUCAAAAUUGUGGUUGUCUAUUUAACUGUUAGAUGUGUUUUCUUAAUUACCAUUGUGGUGAUUAGUGAUAAUAACAUUUAAUUUUCACUUUCUUAA